UUCGCUCUCAAACAACAUCUAUGUACAUGAAAUUUGAAGACUCAAAGGUUGAAGUUCGUUGUUUACAAUGACUAGUAGAAGGUUAUCUGGGUUAAUCGGAACGCCUAAAUAUACUACUGAGGAUGCUGGAUUUUAUACCAUUAAAAUGUAUUAUGGUGGAGAGUUGGUGUUACAACCAGCUUUGGAUUAUCAGAAGGGGAGAAUAGAAUAUUUUGACUACUUUAAUGGAGAAGAGAGCAGUAUGCUUGAACUUAGGAAAUUGGUGAAGGAGUUAAAAGGUUAAUGACAAAAAAGUCAACUUUUGGUUUAAGUAUGGCAGAUGUAGGGACUCAAAAUUUAAGAAAAUUAAAACUGAUGCUGACUUAUAUAAUAUUGUGUAUGAAAUACCAGAAAACAAAAUGGUUGCGGUUUUUGUGGAACAUGUAGUUGAUGACCAGUGGGAUUAUGAUGUUGAAAUCACCCAUAUAUCAGAUGAAGUCAGGAUCAUGAAUGAAAUUUAUGCAAAUGCUAUAACUGCUCCUUUAAGCCUUGGUGAAGGCCCAUCAAACUUUGUUGCAGCUAGUCUGAGUGAUUAUUAUUCUACUCCAAAUAAAGAGUACUUUGAAGACAAUUUGUAUUCUCAUGAGGUUGAAGAUAAUCUUAUAGACACUACCAUUAACUGUAAAACUACGAGUGAAUUUGUAAUGGUUGGACCUGAGGACAUGAUAGAAAAUGAUUGUGUUCAAUCUGAAGAAAUAUUAAGGAGCUUGGGUUCAGAAUCUGAAGGUGAAGUCUCCAAACAUGUUGUUACUUUUCAAGAAAAAGACUUCCAUAAGGAGGGAUUUAAAUUUCAAGAAGGAAUGAUUUUCAAUUCUAGUGCUGAAUUUAAAUGGGCUGUAAAAUGCCACCAAGCUAUGAGAAGAAAGGAUAUAAAAUUUGUUAAGAAUGAAGGUAGAAGAGUGAGUGUUAAAUGUAGAGAAAAGAAUUUUAAAUGGACAAUUUAUGCAUAAAAGAGUAAUGAAAAUUGUCCUUUUACAAUUAAAACAUAUAGAUCAGAACAUAUUUGUGGGGAUCAGUAUGAAAAUAAGAUAAUUAACUCUGGUUUCCUUGCAAAAUCCUAUAAAGAUGAGUUUGGACUAAAUACUUCCUGGGAAGAAUGGAGUUUCAGGAACAUGUUAAAGCUAAGUUUAACUGUCAACUGUCCAUGCAUCAGUCUUAUAAAGCUAAGAAGAAAGCAUUGAAGAAUUUGGAAGGUUCUGAUAGUGAUUAAUUUGAUUUGUUACAUGAUUAUUGUGAGGAGUUGAAAAGAACUAAUCCUGGUACUAAUGUCAAGCUAAAACUUGACAGUGAAUUUACAGUACAUGGCAGGUCUAGAUUUUUGAGUUAUACAUUUGCUUUGGAGCAUGCAAAGAAUGAUUUCUAUUAGGGUGUAGACCUUUGAUUGGUUUGGAUGGUUGCCAUUUAAAGGGAAGUCAAAAAGGUGGACAACUUCUUAGUGCUGUGGGGAUAGAUGCAAACAACAAUAUGUUCCAUAUUGCUUUCUCAAUUGUAGAGGGGGAGCUUAAGGAGACUUGGAAGUGGUUUUUGCAGCAGUUAGAUGAUGACUUGAGUAUAUCUGAAAAUCCUCAUUCUUGGACAAUAAUCGCACUUUUGGUCCCUCAAUUGUUGCUCGAUCUGCAAUGUGGCCCCUCAUUGUCAAUUUCAUUUAAUUCAAUCCUUCAAAACUUUAAAUCUUU